CCGCGGCCUUGCCGGGCAGGAUGAAUGUGAUAGACCACGUGCGAGACAUGGCGGCCGCGGGGCUGCACUCCAACGUGCGGCUCCUCAGCAGCCUGUUACUUACCAUGAGUAAUAAUAACCCACUGGCCCUGAGCUAACAUCCGUGCCCGUCUUCCUACAUGACUGUUAACACUUAAUGAAGGCAGUGCAGUCCUGUGUGCAGUAAGCAUUCACACGUCUUUUGAACGUGUGAGUUAUUCUCCCCAUCUCAGAAGUACCAGCUUUUGGUGUAUCACGCAGAUUCUCUCUUUCAUGAUAAGGAAUAUCGGAAUGCUGUGAGUAAGUAUACCAUGGCUUUACAGCAGAAGAAAGCCCUAAGUAAAACUUCAAAAGUGAGACCUUCAACUGGAAAUUCUGCAUCCACUCCGCAAAGUCAGUGUCUUCCAUCUGAAAUUGAAGUGAAAUACAAAAUGGCUGAAUGUUAUACGAUGCUAAAACAAGAUAAAGAUGCCAUUGCUAUACUUGAUGGGAUCCCUUCAAGACAAAGAACUCCCAAAAUAAACAUGAUGCUGGCAAACCUGUACAAGAAGGCCGGUCAGGAGCGCCCUUCAGUCACCAGCUAUAAGGAAGUGCUCAGGCAGUGCCCAUUAGCCCUCGAUGCCAUUCUAGGUUUGCUCUCCCUUUCUGUAAAAGGUGCAGAGGUGGCAUCAAUGACGAUGAACGUGAUCCAGACUGUGCCUAACUUGGAUUGGCUCUCUGUGUGGAUCAAAGCAUAUGCUUUUGUGCACACUGGUGACAACUCAAGAGCAAUCAAUACCAUCUGUUCACUAGAGAAAAAGUCCUUAUUGCGAGAUAACGUGGACCUACUGGGAAGCCUAGCAGAUCUGUACUUCAGAGCUGGAGACAAUAAAAACUCUGUCCUCAAGUUUGAACAGGCACAGAUGUUGGAUCCAUAUCUGAUAAAAGGCAUGGAUGUAUAUGGCUACCUCCUGGCGCGGGAAGGGCGGCUGGAGGAUGUGGAGAACCUCGGUUGCCGCCUUUUCAAUAUUUCUGAUCAGCAUGCAGAACCCUGGGUGGUCUCUGGGUGUCAUAGCUUCUAUAGCAAACGCUACUCCCGGGCCCUCUAUUUAGGAGCCAAGGCCAUUCAGCUUAACAGUAAUAGUGUUCAAGCUUUACUACUUAAGGGAGCAGCACUCAGAAACAUGGGCAGAGUCCAAGAAGCAAUUAUCCACUUUCGGGAAGCUAUACGACUUGCACCUUGUCGCUUAGAUUGUUAUGAAGGCCUCAUCGAAUGUUACUUAGCUUCCAACAGUAUUCGUGAAGCAAUGGUAAUGGCUAACAACGUUUACAAAACUCUAGGAGCAAAUGCACAGACCCUUACCCUUUUAGCCACCGUUUGUCUUGAAGACCCAGUGACACAGGAGAAAGCCAAAACUUUAUUAGAUAAAGCCCUGACCCAAAGGCCGGAUUAUAUUAAGGCAGUGGUGAAAAAAGCAGAACUACUUAGCAGAGAACAGAAAUAUGAAGAUGGAAUUGCUUUGCUAAGGAAUGCACUAGCUAAUCAGAGUGACUGUGUUCUGCAUCGGAUCCUAGGAGAUUUCCUUGUAGCUGUCAAUGAGUAUCAGGAAGCAAUGGACCAGUAUAGUAUAGCACUAAGUUUGGACCCCAAUGACCAGAAGUCUCUAGAGGGGAUGCAGAAGAUGGAGAAGGAGGAGAGUCCCACGGAUGCCACUCAGGAGGAGGAUGUGGACGACAUGGAAGGGAGUGGGGAAGAAGGGGACCUGGAGGGCAGCGACAGUGAGGCGGCCCAGUGGGCUGACCAGGAGCAGUGGUUCGGCAUGCAGUGAGGCUGGCGGAAGCUCCGUGGCCACACUGGCCUGCCCUGCUCUGAGCGCUUCCGUGGACUGAAGGAGCCCGUAGGAGCCUGCUCUCUGGGAGGACAAUGAUUCAGCAUGUGAUUGCAGCAGGGGUCUCUACCCCUUUGCUCCGUAUUUCUAGUAAUGACUUUGUUUUUAAAAACUGAGCCUGACCAACCUUCCACAUAUCUCCAUCCUCCCUUGCUCCAGCCAGGGAGGACUGAGUGAGCACUCUGGGAGGCCACCAGAUGUGCCCAGUGUUCUGGGACAGAGUGCUUUUUAUACAACUAAUUUCUACAUCUGAAAACUCAAGGAAUAGGUAGUGUUUUGUCUGUGAUGUUGUGGAUGGGUUUAAAAGAGUGACCAGUCAACCAGAGCAAGUGUGACAUCUGCCAAGUCAGAUAGCAGCACGAGCUGGCCCUUUCAGAGAGGGUUUCCUGUCCCAGAAGUCAUCGUCCUGGGCUGUCCAAACUUCCCUAGUAACCUUGCUUCCUUCUGCAAUGUUAGUAAUGCCUUAAGCCGACAGUUGCUAUUUUGCAGAACAAUUUUCCAACUUGCUAAUCUCGUAACUUGUCUAUGAGCCUGGGCUGGGUCUGAGAAACAGGUGUGACCUAGAGCAUGAACAGAGGCACACUUGGGGUAAUUAACUAAUAAAACUGUUUUUUGUACAGUAA